AUGCCCGAGCUGCAAAAGUGGAACUGGGGCAGUCGCUGGGUCGAGAAGCCGUACUUUGACGACUUCAACCUCAACUCGCUCGCGCACGGCAAGAACCUCGAGCUCACGGCGCAUGGCUUCUCGGAGGCAGACCUGGACCGCGAGUUCUUUAUUGGCGACGACCUCUCGAUUGGCCCGGUCGCCACGCUCCGCAACAUCGUGGACGAGCUCCGGGGCUUGUAUUGUGGGCACAUUGCCACCGAGUACCAGCACCUGCGCAACCGCGAUGCUGCGCUUUGGAUCCGACAGAGCCUCACCAAGUACAAGGAUUUUGAGUUUUCGCCGACGGAAAAGACGGCGAUUUUCCAGCACAUGCUGCGCGCCGAGCUCUUUGAGAAGUUUCUCGGUCGGCGCUUUUCGGGUGCCAAGCGCUUCUCGAUCGAAGGCGGCGAGAGCAUCAUCCCGGGGCUGAAGGAGCUCCUGGAGAGCGCCAGUGACGCCGGCGUCGACUCUGUGCACAUGGGGAUGGCCCACCGCGGACGCCUCAACGUGCUUGCCAAUGUCUUGCAGCGUCCCCUGCACGCGAUCAUGUCGCAGUUCCAGCCGUACUUGCCGGACGAGCCAGAGUAUCCGAACAACUCGGACGACGUCCGGUACCACCUAGGCACGGUCUCGCACCUCACGAUGCGCAACGGCAAGACCAUGGAGGUGAAAUUGGCCGCGAACCCGUCGCAUCUGGAAGCGGUCAACUCGGUCGUGUUGGGCGAGACGCGGGCGUGCCAGGAUCAGCUACAAGAUAUGAAUGGAUCGCGCGUGAUGCCGUUGCUGCUGCACGGCGACGCCUCCAUGUUCCAGGGCUCGGUUCGCGAGGCCUUUGGCUUUAGUGCGCUCGAAGACUUCAAGACCGGUGGCACCGUCCACGUCAUUAUCAACAACCAGAUCGGGUUUACGACACUGCCGAAACAAGCCGACUCGGCCGUCUACUGCAGUGAUGUCGCCAAAAUCUCACGCAGUCCCAUCUUUCAUGUCAAUGGCGACGACCCGGAAGCCGUCGUCAAGGUGAUGAAAAUGGCGGUCGAGUACCGGCAAAAGUUCAAGUGCGACGUCGUCGUCGAUCUCGUGUGCUACCGCCGCCAUGGCCACAACGAGCAGGACUCGCCCGAGAUCACGGCCCCCGUCAUGUACCAUCGCAUCAACCAGCACCCGACCGUGAUCAACCUCUACUACAAGCAACUUUUAAAAGACGGUCACUUGACGCACUCCGACAAGGCGGUAUUGGCCAACGCGAUCGAGGUCGAGCUUGCGGCGGAGCUCGAGCACUCGAAAUCGUGUCCUUCGCCGUGGGACAACAUGGGCGACGGCCACUCGCGCCGUGUCGACGACCCCAACGACGCGCUCCGAGCCGGCAUAGUCGACACGGGCGUCGACCGCAAGCUCCUCGAAGAGAUUGGCGCCCAGAUUUUCCGACUACCCCCAGGCUUUACUGCCCACAAAAAGGUGGAAGCCAUCAUGAACAAUCGUCUGCGGGCGGUAGAGACAGGUGCCCGCGUCGACUGGGCGACGGCAGAAGCUUUGGCGUUCGGCUCGCUUCUCGCCGAAGGAGUCGACGUGCGUCUUAGCGGCCAAGAUUGCGAACGCGGCACGUUCAACCAGCGCCACGCCGUCUUGUACGACCAGUUUGAAGCUCUCUCGAUGCGAAAU